CGCUUAAAACAGCCAUUCAAUACUCUCGAUCUCCUCAGACCCUUCCAAAUCUAAAAGACUCCCCACUUCUUUCGCGAUAAUGACCGACUCCGACAACACCUCCGCCACCACUCCCCCACCGCCGGAAAACAAGUCAGCUUCUGCUGAAUCUCAGCAACAGCAAGAAGAGCCCAAGAAGCUCAGCAGCAGCGGUAUUUCGCUGAGUAUUUGGCCUCCGACUCAGCGCACUCGAGAUGCCGUCAUCGCCCGUUUAAUCGAGACCUUGUCUACUCCUUCUGUUCUUUCCAAGCGCUACGGUACGAUACCCCACGAUGAGGCAGAUGCCGCUGCCCGCCGAAUUGAGGACGAGGCCUUCUCCGUGGCUAACCAAGCUACUUCUGCCGAGGACGAUGGCCUUGAGAUCCUCCAGCUUUAUUCCAAAGAGAUCAGCAAGCGUAUGCUAGAGACUGUCAAGGGUCGGCCCAGGUCGGAUUCUGCUGUCAAUACUGAUGUGGCAUCGGUGGAGGCGCCCAGUGAGGAAAUUUCGAGUUCCAUUGGGACUGCGGCCUGAUAUUAUUAGGUUUUUUUAGCUUCAUAUUGCUUCUACCAUUCCAUGUAAGCAAUAUGAAUUUGACAUUUGUUUCAGCACAAACUGAGCAACAAGUCAACAACUACCAUCAUUUAUGUGAAGGCAAGUGCAUGUUACUGUCAUAUGAUCUCUUUGCAUUUGUUUGACAGUUUAAUUUGUUGAUACUACUGUGUAAACUGUUUGAUAACAAUUUUGCCCAACCAUUUUAAGCUAAAUAUUCCCUAGCUCAUAAAGGGUUAGUGAAAGCUGGGGCAUGCCUGCAGCCCUUUUGUUGAUAUAUGUUCUUUUUCCAAAAAAAGAAAAAAUAUUCACAAUUCAUUUUACUUGGGUGGAUGUUUUUUUUUUCUCCUUUUUUCUGCUUGUCCUGUAUGUGUUUCUAUAACAGGAUGCUUAACUGAAGUGCUCUAUCAUGGUAGCCUUGUGUUUUGCAGUUUGAUGCAAUUCCAACCUUUACAUGCAGCAUUAAAUUUUGCCUGCUGUAAUGCAUAUGGAUUUAGCAUAUGUCUGUAGUCAAGCUUAAUCAUCAGGUUGAAAUCGUCUUUCAUAUGCUUUGUAAUGGUAUUCAACAUCACAAAUGCAUAAUUAUGUGGGCAUUCUGUAUUGUGAGCCAUAUCAUUAACAUGAACCUUCGUAUUAUAGGUUUCAGGCAUGUAUCAUCUUGAAUAUUAACUUUCAAGUACAUGAAUAUUCAUGAAUACCAUGUUCCAGCUUGUUUUCUCUCUCUUCCAAUGUUUUUUUUUAGGAGUGAGGACUGAUUUCAUUAGGUUGCAUGACAGUUUUUACAGGAUUGCAACUGUAAUGGCAUCUAUGGAGAUGAAUAUGAUUGGCAUUCUUUGCAGUGC